AUCACAUAAAAAUUGGCUUAUUAAUGCAACAGUUUAUAAAAUUAGAUUUUGAUUUAAUUUGACAUCAAGAUAUACGUAUUAAAGAAGAAUAUUAAAAAUGUUUAAACCAUCAGGCAGGUCUUUGGAUGCAAGCGACAAAACGACGUCUGAGGAUACCAGGAGCAGCAAACAGCAUUUGCCAAGAGAGCGCAACCUGGAGUGUUUUACCAUAAAUAUGAUGAACCCGUUGACAAUAAAAUAUUUUAGAAGUCAUGUGGCCGUUGACAAUGAAAGAAAAAGACACUUGGAUAAUUUUCCUUAUACAAUUCACCCGCUUAGUAAGUUCUGUCAUUAUUACAACGCGUAUUCUUUUUUUCUAUACAUUAUUCUCAUAAUUUAUAAGUCAUACGAUUUUGCUUUUACACGAAUAAAACCUCAGGAUCCAUACAGCGCUAACUUCGGUAUAUUGGCCACAGGGAUGAUUUUUGAUAUUCUGGCUAUUUUAAAUUUAAUAUUACAAUGUUUUAUUGGAUAUGGUGAGAAAGAUUUGACAAUUGAGUUGUCUUUACCAAAAAUAUUACUGAAAAACUUCUUAAGCGGACACUUCUUUUGUGACUUACUAUCUUCAAUCCCCAGAAUAGGCAUGGUCCAGGCUAAUGUAUUCGUAUUUAUUAUUGUAAAUACCAUGCAACUCUUGAAAUUAAGAAGAAUUACGACAAUAGUUUCUUUGACAGAUCCAACAUUUAAACUAUUAAACAUUAAGACGCCAGUAAAGAAGUUCGUAAUUAUGUUCUUCUUAUAUGUGUUUAUGGUAAUCCAUUUUAUGACUUGUGUAUUUAUUGGAGUGGCUCGUUAUAGAUUUAUAUUCCAAGCUUUGGUUCCUGCCAUGGCUGCCGUAUAUAAUCGGAAUGCUGGAAAAGGUUCCUUUGCAAAUAAAUAUUUUUGGCAGAGAUCAAAAAUAUCUCAAUACUUAAUAACAUUUUUUAAAAAUGUUCAGUAUACAAUGCAUAUCGAUAUUGGCGACAUAAGAGCUGCUACAAGAUUUGUUGUAAUUUUGGAAGAACAAAUUGUACGCGUAAUCAACUAUGUGGUGGGAAAGUUAUUGAUAGCCGUAAUUUGGAUAAUAAUGCUUUAUGUUUUCACAUCCAAAAUGCAGCUGCGGACUAAAUUUGAACAAAUUAUGACCGAAUUGAACCAAUAUAUGGUUGCGAAACAAUUACCCAUUGAUUUGAAAAGAAGAAUGAUCAGCUACUAUGAAUAUAAGUAUCAAAAUAUGUUUUUCAAUGAAUAUUUAAUGAACACGUUAUUACCAGAAAACUUAAAAAGGGAUAUAGAUGCGUUUCUUUACAAAUCUUUAAUACAACAAGUAUCAAUAUUCUCACAAGUGUCGAUUAGACAUUUAGAACAGGUGAUUUCAAAUUUAGUACCUCGCAUUUAUCUCCCAGGUGACUUAAUCAUUCAAUCUGGUACAUAUGGAGAUUGCAUGUAUAUUAUUGAGUCUGGAACUGUUGCGGUAUUUUCACCCUCCGGAAAAGAAAUAUGCCAUUUAUAUGAUAAUGCUUACUUCGGAGAAGUGUCUGUACUUUUUAAAGAAAAGAAAAGAACUGCUAGCAUCGUUGCUAUAGAAAUAUCAAGAUUGUAUGAACUGAACAAAAAGGCAUUUAACAGAUGCUUUAAGAAUCGAACAAACAUGAAAGUCUACAUGAGCAUUAUGAAACUGGCGAAAAGAAGAAUUAAAGAAGCCGAUGAUAAUGAAUCGUUUAUGAAGCAGGAGAUAAUUGCAGCCGAACUUGCCUGAGGGUUAAAGACUUGCUAAAUUAUAAAUAUUUUGAGAAAAAUGUUUUAAUGUUUCUAAAGUUUCUAAUGAACUUUAGCUGUAGUUGUUAGCAAUGUUUAUCCUAUUGUAAAAUCGGAAUUAACUCUAAGAAGUACUUAGUUGCCUAAAGUGUUUACAAAAGUUGUUUCAUGUUAAAUGUUGUUAAAUAAACUUGUUUAGAUGAACA